AUGGCCUGUUGGCAGGCCGUGAUGGCGCCUACCCACCUCGAGCGAUUUCUCGCGCAGUCGUACAAACUCUCCGAGACGACCUUUUACCAUUACGAAUUGCGGGACCCGUGGGUGCAGGGGUGUUUGGAGGAUUGGGCCGCCAUGCUCGACUACGUGGGCGAAUAUUUGGACCCGGUCUUGUUCGAUUCCCUCCUUCUUUUGGUGGCGACGCAUACCGUGAACUUCACGCGGUUGGGCUUGGCUCGGAAGGAAUUCAACAGCUUCGGGGCUUUGCAGUUCGAUAAGGACGUGCGGGCCUUGCGCUCUUUCUUUACCUCCAGAGCGCAUGAAGUCUCGCUUCGCGACGCGUUUGCCCCGCUUAAUUUGACAUCUACACUCCUUCUAUCGGAUUCACCGCGAGAUGCAUUGGAGGAGGCGCACAACCUGGCGUUAACCGCAAAGGAAAAGAUAAAUGUUCUACUUUUACGUGUCGAUUUUAAUAAACAAGAUGUUCUUGCGCUACACCUUUAG